AUGGACAAAAUAUUGGGAUCAAGCACAUUCCUGCAACCCAGUGUGGCAUUUGGGUCCGAACCAGCAAUGGAGGUCAUUUUGCUUCACCCAACUAUCCUGACUCAUAUCCGCCAAACAAGGAGUGUAUCUAUAUUUUGGAAGCCGCUCCUCGUCAACGGAUAGAGCUGACCUUUGACGAACGCUAUUAUAUAGAGCCAUCAUUUGAAUGUCGCUUUGAUCACUUGGAAGUUCGAGAUGGGCCAUUUGGUUUCUCCCCUCUUAUAGAUCGUUACUGUGGCAUGAAAAGCCCUGCAUUAAUUAGGUCAACAGGAAGAUUCAUGUGGAUUAAAUUUAGUUCUGAUGAAGAACUUGAAGGACUAGGAUUUCGAGCAAAAUACUCAUUCAUUCCAG